AUGACCACGGUAUCUUUCCAGAAGAUAAUGGUGUUCCCACGGAUCGCUAUUCAGGAUAUCUUGAAUUAUGAUACUCCUAAUUGCAUCGUGCCUAUGUCAGGUUCCUCUUCUGCAAGCAACAGUAUAGACACAGGCACAGAAAGUGUAAGCACCGAAGGGGAACCGGGAGGCUCUCCUGAUGGCAUGGAAGGCGAAAAGGAAAGUAAUACGGAUCCAGAAGGAGCAGAGCAGCUCGACCCGUCUUCCCAGUAUAGAUAUUCAUUUGAAGUGAGUCUUCCAUACUUUUCCAAGCUAGUUUUGGCCCGCAAAUGUCACCAGCUCUCUAAACACACAGCAAACACAAAAUUUAGCAAUAAGAUUAGUUCUCAGAACGGCAAGAGAGGACGUCCAUACUCUCUGUUGAUCAAUGCUCGGCUCAUGGUCUACAGUGAUCUUCAAUCCAUUCUUUCAUCGCUUCAUAAAUCGCUCUACGACAUUCAUGAAUACGAUAUGAGAAAUAUUCCUGCAGUAUGUAAAUCACCAUCUUCACCGGCACCCACGGAGCAAGACCAGCUACUAGAAAGCAUAUCCAGGCUACUGGGUUGUUCGUCGAGCCUGUUUGAUUCACAUGUGGUUGCUAACACCAACUUCAGGGCUUUGAAGUAUGACUGCAAAAAUAACAGCAUGUCAUUUCUGCAAUAUAUGGACAAGAUUGUACAAUCUGAAAAAUACAAAUUUGUGAAAACCAUCCGGGAUUACAAUGGCAAGCUAGUCAAGCUGGAGAUUAUCGAUAAGCCUAAUUUCCACAGUAACUUAAAGAAUAUGGAAUGGCUCAAAGAACAUGCAUGCUUUCCACGAUACAAGGCAAAUAUGAAGAUACAUGUAAUGCUACAUGAAGACACGCAAGAUUCGAACAGUUGCGCUAGCGACGACAGUGAGAUUCUUUUUUACAACGAACCGCGUCUGUUUUUACACGACCUUAUUUACAACAACUACGGAAUUUCCAAGGAGGACGUUCCAGACUUACUGAGAGGCUCAGUAUCACAUCUUCGUUUACGUCUUGGAUACUGGGCUGAUAAAAGAGUGUUAAUUAAUCGAGAAAAUUUUACGGAACAUCUCUCCUCAUUUUUGCAUCAUGACUAUUAA